AAACACCUGAAAUUAAUGUUUAGAAAUGCAAAUAGCGCAAAGUUGAAAAUUACCCGAAAUGUAUUAUUACAUAUAUUUUACUCCUGCGACUCGCUGAAUCCACCAGUUGAGAUCGAAAAUAAGGGUAAGUACACGUAACAUGAUUCAACAUGAUUCAAAUUCAAGUUUUGGUCCAUAGAUGAUUUCGAAGGCUAUUUUCAAGAUUAAAAGUUCGAUUAUGAAUUACCCGAAACAAGCCACUAAAUCCAGCUAAAUUCAGUCGAUGAAAGACGCUGACCUCAGAAUUCAAGGUUGUGGAAUACGAUAGAGCCUUACUGUUGAUUUUGGUCGAUGGUUCAGCCGAAUUUUCCUUUUUUUACUAACGAAGGUUCGGUUGUUGGUUGAUUCACCUACGAAAGAAUGAAUUGCAACAAUCGUGCGUGCGAUUCUGUGCGUUAAUGCGAAUAUUAAUGUACUUCAUCACAAUACAGACAAAACAUUUUCGAGAAUUUUUUUUGUUUUUUAAGAGUUUGUGAACCCGUCCAGCUUAGUGUGCUGUAGCUCAACAAACGAUAUUUCUGCGAAAGCUCGGCGAGUUAUUGGCGUCACCUUUUCUGAAAACUGGCUUAAUUCGAUUCGGCCUCAUUGUUAGCAACAAACAUACUGAACUGAAACUGUAGAAGUAUAAUAAAUUCCGACAGAGUUGUAAAAUUACACCGAACAUCAAAAACUUCAAAGACAUUUUGGAUCCUUUGGAAUUCGUGGCGCACUACGUUCAUGACUCCAAGCACAAUAUUAAAAUUUUUUUCCCCUGAUGGUAAUUCAAGAUGGUUAACCUGCAUCAAACUGCUGGAGAUCCUUCUAUUUAUUAACGUCCUGCUUGCUUUUACGUUCAGGGCCUUUCUUUGAGUUUGCAGCUCGUAGAAAAAUAUCAUUGAUAUUACGUGUCAAAAUUUAUUAGAUUUUGCUUUAUUUCAUCGCAUGUUUACAGACUACCAAGUGAUUCAAUUUUUCGUUCAUGGCACCGCGAAAGAGGCGUAAUGAAAAGUACAGUAAUUUAUCGGUUUAAACGCUUUCCAUUAGUACAUAUAAAGAUAGUUCUACCAACCAAGACAGUUAAUUGAAAGCGCUGCUGUGAUUACAACAGAAACACAGCGAGUCAGAAACCAGUGUGAGAUUUUCUCUGCUAAAGGAAGUCGUCGCUCCAAAGCAAUAACUUUAACAAUUUCAUGUUUUCAUGGAUCUCAAUGAUGUUGCACUGAUCAGUUGAGGCUAAGAUUAACCCUUUCAGCCCUAAGAGCGACUAACAUCUAAUUUCUCUUCGCAAUAACUCCCCUGAAUCACACAUGAAGGUCACAAGAAUAAAGAAAAUGAUCAACAACUAAAGAAUUUCUUUAUUUUUAAAAAAAUUCUCCUUGUCAGCCCCUGAACACAUCAGAAGUGUAUGAUGAACAGUAUGAAGAAUAUUGCAUGCUGAUUUUGGGGUGUAAAGGGUUAACCAAAAUUUUAAGAACAUACUGAGAACACACCCAGGCUGAGAGUCGGUUAACAACGUCUUUAUUUUGCUUUUUUUUAAAACUGUGGUCGAACAGGAGAAUUAACUCACGUCCGAACUGAUCUAUUGAAACACAACAUCACAUAACUUUAAGAACAAGUUAAGAACGUUUUCGGGCUCAAAUAGAAAAAAAAAAAAAUAAGAACGUCUCAGCCCAAAAAUUAGACUUUCCUAUAUCGAAAAAAGUGUAUUCCCCUUUUAUCAAAUCUUAAGCCUAUUAGCUUUUGAUGUUCCGACAGCCUCUUUAAUUGUAGUCCCUCGAUAAUUGAGAAUGUAAGAAUAAACUUGAACCAGAAUAUUUCAUAAUAAUAGAACAGUUAGUCCGGGGGUCAGCCGAUACGUUCGAAUCAUUUUCCUAUUCUGAUUUUAAACAACACAUUUUUCGUAAUUUCAACUUGAAUUGCUCCCCUAUAAUUUCUUCGUUGUGAUCAAUAUUAUAUUUGAUAUAUCUUGCCAAAAUAUUGCCAUUUGCCCGAUUGAUUGGAUCUCGCUGUUUGUAGAUUAACCAUGAACCAAUCGAUACCUGUCAAGGCAAAAGCCCACAAUAGUUUGGAAGUCUUCAGUUAAGCUGUGACGCGCUCCUUGCAUAAUGCAGGACUGUUAUCAAAUAUGGAAUUAAAACAAGGCCUCCCUCAUCAUCGAGAUCUUGGUAUUAGCGCAGUUGUAGAACAUUCGAACACUAAAUCAGAAGGUCAGGGACUCGAUUUCUCAUGCAGGACUAAGAUCUUUUUUUCGAUCCCAAGUUCGUAGUAAAGCGAACAAAAUCUUUCUCUUCUUUUUCUUCGACGAAUGAGCUGAAAUUUCGCCCUCUUUCUUAUCCCAUAUUCAAGAAAUGAAUAAGUCUCCGAAUUGUUACCCGACGUUCCGGGAUUUAUUACCUUCAAAACUAUCAAAUAAAUAUAUGUUAUUUGCCGGCUGGGAGGUCCGUAUGGUGAAAAACUGUGACCGAGGUCUUGAAAUUACUGCCCGCGGCCGUAGGCCUCGGGCAGCAUUUUCAAGACCGAGGUCACAGUUUUUCACCAUACGGACCGACCCUUAGCCGGUAAAUAACAUAUUUAUUGUUUUUAAACUUGACGAAAUUCUUUCCGAAAGAACCCGAAUGACUUAUGGCCGUAAAUACGGCAAGAUCUUCCAUAAACUGAACAAUUUUUGAGUGAGUAUAUGGUAGUUAAAAUAGAGGUGAUGCAAAUUUAAGAGAGAUGCCUCAGCGAAACAUUUUCAUUUCCGUAACGAUAAAGGUGAUUUAAAAGGCUUCCAAACAAACAUUGAAACAUUAUUUUUACAAGUAUCUGUCACAAUCUGACACCUGUCAAUUAGAGAGCGCGCAAGAAAAAAAAAGCGUAGGAACAUUUGAAAACCAACAGAACUAGUUUGGCAAGGACUGUCACGACAAUGUUUUCUUCAAAAUCAGUUAAUGAUCUAACGGAAAGUAUUAUUCACUCUCAUCGACCAUUCAUUCAUGUACGAAGGUUUACCUCUGUUCAUUAAGUAAACGGCGAGGAAAGUAAUUGUGAGUAAAUUCAAUUUUUUUAUUUUGAAGUUGUGAGAGUUUGCUCGUUUGUUUGCUGUAAUGGCGUGUUUAACCCUGAUCUUUCCUUCACAAAAACUAAAUUCGAACGGCACACUCCAACGAGACACAAGGGAAUGUAAUGCGGCCUUUUCUCAAUUCCUUCAAUUUCUGUUGUGCAAUUUAAGGUACAAAUGUCCAAAUUGAACGGAAUUGGAAAGACUCACCAGGAGCGUAUAUUUGUUGUAGAACUUAAAUUAAAACUUCGCUCGCUCUUUCACUAUGAACAAAUUGCUCGAGAAAAUUCAGAUAUUAAAUGAAUGAAAGUUCCAUCGUUCAGUUUAACUGUAACCAAAUACCUCACGUUUCAACUUUCUGGGUACUUUUUGUGAACGAUUAAAAUUAAUUGCAGACGGUUUUUAGGCCGCUUGUCAACCAACGUAAUGACACUAUUGUUUAUACAAAUUCAUUCUGAAACCAAUAUUUUUCUGUCAACCAAAGUGAUUUGAUAGAGAGAAAAGAGAGGAUCCAUAAGUUAUUUAUCGGCUUGAGGUAGUGACCGACGUGUUUGCUUAAAAAUACUGCCCAGCCGGAAAACGAGGUAUAUUUAUGAAAAAUGACAACGAAAGUUGGGAUGUACUCGGCGACUCACGAAAGCGUUACCGUGGCCCGUGGGCAGAGAUAGGAAAAUACUGACCGGGUAAAGAACCAAUCAGAUUGCAAGAUUCGUUACCGUGCCCUCUAAAAAGACAAUAAUAACUAGUAUUUUCUUACAAGGUUACACAGCGAUAGGUUUUCGUAGCAGUAGAAUGAACGACCUCAGAUGAGACUGGACGGGAGCGUUCAAUCUAAAAUGCUUCAAUAUUUUUGUAGUACCUAUCAUAACGACCAAUUCAGAAAUAUAUGAAGGAAAUUUAACAAUUCAAAUGAAAGUUUGGGAAGGAUAUCAAGUAUAUCUUUAAGGAAAAGGAGAACUGAAGGGCUUCGGAAAUUACCAUCGUAAAUACGUCAACAAAGACACUAAGAACCACUGCAAGCUGAUGGCGCAUAUACAGCUUUAGCUCAACCCAACAAAUGAUUUGCGACAAAAGGAAUUUUGUCCUUUUCAUUCCACCAACCCGACCACGCUAGUAAAUCUAUAUUGACACGCCUACCAAAACCACCCGUCAUUAUUUCAACCGCACUAAAGCCUUCGAUCCCAACACAAAGGACCAGGUAACUGUAAUUUGCAUGGAAAAUGUUUUGGUAUUUCCAAUUUUCCUUUCGCAAUUUGAAACUUGUGCCGUUUAAUUUUUUUUACACCAUAAUUGUCACUGAAAGUGAACUAUCAGCCACCAAACAAUUCAAUGAUCUCCUGCGGCGAUGGGCGUUAAUUAAUUAUCAGGCUCGCUAUUCAUCAGAGUCACAUGCACUACCGUUUGCUCUUUCUUUCCUCGUCCCUUCUUUUCCUUUUUUUCGUCACUAAAAUUUCCUAGAAGGACAGAUCAUUUAUUACAAGGAAAUAAAUCGGCGAUUGUAAAAAAACCUUCUCAAAUUAAACCACGUAUGUAACAGAGUCAAAUUAAAGAAAAUGGAUGUAUUCUGUAUUCUACACGGAAGCGUUGCCAUCAUGCCUCACAACUGUGAGCCAUUUCAUCAGAAUUACCACUCUUUAGGGGGCUCUUAAAUGUCACCUUUUUGAGGGAACCGUCCCUUAUUCUUUUUAAUAUUAUAAACGUAUUUCAGAAAUUUUCAACACCUGGCAUUUCGCUGGACUUUCGCUUGAAUAAUUGUUAUAUUUCAUCAUUAACUAACCAUAAGCUUUUUUUAAUCAUUUUUUAUUUCUUUUUUUCAUUAAACGUACUCUUUUCGUAGGAGUACUCCAACAAUGAUGUGCCGUUUGACUGUCACCCACAUGGUAUUCUUGAGCACAGUGUCUGUGUCGAACGCAUUGUUUGUUGCAUGGGAAAAGGACGCAAAUUUGACUUCAGAUGACAUAUUUAUUAAAUUCAAGAACACUUACGUACCUAGAAGAUUUGGUAGGAUAACACAAGAAUUCAGGAAUCUGACCACCCACUCUCUGGACGAGCGCUGUCAGAAGGGCAUGGGACUCUCCAUUUCGUGGAGUUUGAAUUUGCCGUACGCUGGGAUCUUGGGACCGAGAUUUGGCAAAAAGUUUGGCUUUGCCGCACGAGGAAUAUUUCCAAGUGAGUUACUGUACGUUCCUCUUUCCUUUUCGAAUUUUAAGUCACUGAAGGUACUACGCGAUGAGGGUACUAAUUUGGGCGUAGUCGUUCUCAAAUGAAUAACUUUCGUGGAAUGAAACACAGUGGAAUUAAAACUUGAUAGCUUGGGAGGGCGGACAAACAAGUGGGAGGUAAGAGUUACCCGUAAAUAAUAGAGGAUGGCUAAGAAAAAAUGAAAGGUUUAGGCAAAUUUAGUCAAGAUGCAUCAGCCGUGACGUACUCUCUUUCGGGUCUCUUUCGUCGGCCGUCAGGAAACCAUCGGAGGGCGACUUUGGAUAGGGCUUCGGUGACAUUGGGAAUUGGUCAAGUUGCCCUUAGGAGUAUUCAACAAAUUUAAAACUCCUUAGGGGAGUAAUCAUGAGAAAGUUCUGAUACUAAUGGAUAUAAAUUCAAUCAACAGAUGUCAUCAACAGAAUUGUUCAACAUUGUUGCAACGGAAGUAAAAUCAAGUACGGUGCCUUCGUGAAGAGUAUUUGGGAAGCUGAAGAUUUUUUCUCUGAACAGAAGUACGAUUUUACUUUUCCUGUGUACAUCGCCAAAGUAGACAAGGACUCGUACCGUGAUCAACCGUUUGUCCCAGUUGUCACAGCACCUCGGGUUAUGUUACUGGUCUCUGAGAAGGUAUAGACAUGUUUUGAUCACAGUUAUAACUUUAGUUUGGUGGAAACAGUUCGUGGUGUCACUAGGGGGAUGCACCGGCGUGGAUAUUGGUUUAGUGGACUCGGAAUCGAGAGAUCCGAGCUCUAGCCCUGGCCGGGUCGUCGCAAUUUUAGGAAAAAUUCUUAAAAUACUGAGUAUCUCUUUCCAAACAAGAUCAAGUAGACAAAGGAAUUACUAGUCGGGGCCGACCUUCAUCAUGAUUAACGAAGUGAAGCCAUACCUCUCUUCUCCUUUCUAUGAUUUUUGAUAUAGCAGUUUGUUGUGCAUACCACUGAAAGUUAGAAGAGCACGUAGGAUUUUCAGCUGAGGAAUUAUCUGAAAAAAGAAAAAAAAACAGAUAAGAGAUGUCUGGUGUUCAGGCGGUCUUGGUAGUAUGAACUAGUGAACAUUCUAUACUUUCCUAGUCUCGAAAGUUUUAUUUAAUAGCAAAAUUCUGGUGUAUUAAUCAUUUUCACGUAUCAGUAAUCAAAUAACAAUAAUUUGAUCAUGUUUUUCCGCAAAGGGAACAAAGAAAACAAAGAAUUUCGCGAGCACAAUAUUCGAUACUUGGCCGUUCUUGGUAUUUAUUCUGGCUGCAGCAGGCGCUUCUGGAAUGAUGGUGUGGCUACUGGUGAGCAUACAGAUAAGAAUCACUGCAGGACUUAAGCUCAUUUAUAUGUCAUACGAACUAAAGAACAAGCAACCAACAACACAGCAUAAAAAUGUUUUUUAGCACAAAGUAAUGAUUUUGCCGUGACUUAGUUAAGAAUCACUCUAAUACUCACUUCUAUUCAAGGUACUUUUCACUGAAAGGAAAACCAUCUCCUUGAAAACCAUAACAGCUGUGAAUUGCUUGCCUGCUUCUUCUCUCGUCCUCACUCAAAGGCUGAACUGGUAACUGGUUAUUGCAAGUAACACCUUUAAAUAAUCUUUUUUUUUUUUACAGGAGUUUGUUUUCUUCUCUAAUGAAUUUUCCAAGAAAUUUGUGAACGGAGCCUGGGACGGAUUUUGGUGGGCGGUUGUUACCAUGACAACAGUAGGGUAAGUGAUAUACAAAUAUUCCACCACUUCCUUUGGCUAAAGUUAGAUAAACAAAAGGGCUAAAUGAAAAUUACCCUCUGUAAAGAUCUAUUUUGUUGGCGGAAAAAUUAUGAUUAGAGGAAACUGAAUACUGACCCGUAUUUGUGUGUGAACAGUUACAGCCAUACAUGUAUUUUAACUUUUUAUGCAGUAAGCCACGAAACAACAUUUUGAUUCGUUCUGAGUACCAGAGAGAAAUAAUUUUGUCAAAGUUUACAUAGAUUAAGCCAUGAAUCGUUUUGCAAGGUCCCAAACACCAAAGAUGCAAGGAUUUAAGGAUAUCUUCGAAGGUGACUGAGGAUAGGAACGAUUCACACAUGGCCGUUGGAAUAACGAGCAUGAUCAUUUAACAGUAAAUGAUUUAAACACAAGAGUAGUAAUUGAUCAUGUACUUUAACAGGACUUUAUAACCUGUAUAAUUUCUCGAAUUUGAUCACCCGGCUGGGAGUGAUCCGAAAAGGACCGUUACCUGGACACAGACAACGAAUGACAUUUGGACAAUCUAACCGGAAGUCAUCAUGACCGGGUUAAGUGUCUUAUUCAGAUUGCAUUAAGUUGUUGAAUAUGAGAUAAAAAAAAAAGGCUAACUCCUUUUGAGAACGUUUCUCUUACGUAUCAUUAUUGGAACGGUACAUCCCUUUUUUAAACUUGAUAGUGUUUUUUUUUUUGUUUUACCAGGUACGGUGACAGUUCCCCUAAAUCAUUGCCGGGUAGACUUUUCUGUUUCAUCUGGAUCAUUACUGGAAUAAAUAUCAUAUCGAUAUUUACUGCAUUGGUCACAGCCUCUGUUACAGCCACAACAAGACCCUACUUUAACAUUCAUGGCGCUAAGGUACUUGCUUCAAUCUUUCUGUAACGAGCAUGGACCCCGUUCGUAGGUUAAGCCAAGGCAAAGAGCGCAGCGCCAGUUAGUUUAUUUUUUCCGAGCCUUUUUCUGUUCUUCGCCUGUUAGGCGGAGUUUGCUUUAAAGUGGGUGAGAGAUCUUCGCACAAACAAUCAGUAGCGUUACGCCUUGUUGAACAAGUUUGGUACUAGUAUGUAAGAAGUAUAUGUGAUUGUCCUUUUCUGAAAUUAGGGCUGAUGUGAGAACGAGUCUCUGAUAUACCUAAAAAAAGGUCUUUCUAUUUCCACUCAUCCUUUAACUUUGCGGGAGAGUUGAGGAAGAGACCUAAAUACCUAUCUCUUUCGUAAACGAUAAAUUUCAAAACCCAAACAGCCCUAUAUUAAUAUAAUAUAUCAAUCUAAACGUUUAAUCGAUUCAUAUCCAUCAGAUUGGUGCAGUAAACGGCAGUGAAGAGUUUCGACUUGGAGUCAGCAUUAACUUUGAUAUGCAAGGUGAGAUGAGAUAGGCCAAGAGAUUAAAACGAUGGCAGAGCCAUUAAGUAAGUAGCUUCUUAAGUAGCCGGAUAUCGAGCAACGUUCCCUCUGGGGAAAGGCUGCGGAAGGGAUCAUUAAGCAAGUCAACCGUCAACGAUCGAUGCUUUUACAAAUUACUUUUCGUAAUAGACCUCGCUUACCAUAGAGUCUCAGAGGCUCAGUGGCAGAGCAUCGGAACGCGGAAUUCGAAGUUCCGAGGUUCGAUUCCUCAAGGGGAUCCUUCUUGGUCCCACGCUCGUGACAAGACGAAAAAACAUAUUUCUCUAUACUAUUUACUUGUUUGUUUGCUCCUUUGUUCUUCGAUUUUAUUUUCAGAAAUCUGUAGAUGACAAUUUAAGUGUCAGACCAAUAUUAUCAAGUUUUUUUUUAUUCCUUUCUUUUUCUGAUAUAGCAUUUAGCACUCCGGUGGCGAUGACUAAAGCCGUGCAAGACUUCGAAAUUGACGGUCUUUUGAUUGACAAUUAUGCUUUGACAAGGUUUUCCCAGUUCCUGGAGAAGGGUCAGGGAUUGCGAGUAGAACGCACGAUUGAACAUCCGAUCACAUACGGCCUUGUACUUCCAUCCGGGGCACCUCAAACCACGCAGUGUGUGAGGCGUUACAUGAGGAACUACAACCAUGAAAUAUUUGAUCACAUGGCAAAAUAUCUCAUUCCUAUCAAGGUGAGGAACGAAGUGAAAUAGAGAAUUAAGGUGGACGAGAGAAGAACAAUUUUAAAAGUUUUUAAGACAAGAACGCUUUUAAUUGUCACUAAAGAGACUUCUCUGCUUAGUCAGCGAGCAAGUGAAAUGCCACGUUUGUCAUCAACAGUAAGUUGAUUAAAAUAUAUACCUUUCUCUUUCUGUUGAUACAAGUAUUCACCUCUAAAAAAUCUCUUGAUCAACUAUAUGAACUAAUCGGACAGAUUCAUGAUAUCAGUAAACAACAGAAGUAUAGUUUGAAAGUCUGAAGUUUAUCCCCAGAUUAAGAUAUUGUGUAAGAUGUCCUACACUUUUUUAAAUUUAUUUAUUUUGUUUUGUUUGUGUGCUUAUUGGUUGUGUCUUUGUUUUUUUUUUUCGGUGACCUAUAGAACAGUCCCCAUCACAAUUCUCUGCCCGAGAAGGAAGCAAAGAAAAGUUUAAAUUACAUUAGGAGAGAACGCAUAUUAAACUCCUAUGAACUCAAAUUAAUAGCUCUCAGUUUACUGCCUUUAAUAGCCCGUGUAUGAGACACUGCAGAUGAACUGGUAAUAAGGGGAGAGUCUUGUCAGUUGCCAUUUCUAACGUGCUUUGAUAAUGCAUGCUACAGCGAAUAUUCAAACUAAAAACUGAUCCUAUUUCAUUUGCCAGACCAAACAAACUGAUAAAAACUUGGCAGUUGAAGCGACGGAAGCUCUCUUUUACCAACAAACAACAUUUGUGAAAAUUGUCAGAAAUGGGGUCAUUAUUGUGGGCAGUCUCGUAAUCAUUGGACUCUUAUGGGAGUUAUAUCGAAGAUACAAACAAGGACUCUUAUGUGGAUUUCCAUGUCGAAGGAUCAAACAUGGUAGGUCAUUAGUGGUACCUUUAGCCGCUAUUAGUACGGCUGGAUCAGCUGACUGAGUGGCUGACUAAAUGACAGACUGAAUGGCUAACUGACUAACUCAGUCACUCUCUUGCUGGAUAACUGACUGACUCAUUUUCCAACUAGCUGAAAGGUUGAUCGAUUGAUUGGCCAUCUGACCGGCUGACUGACUCAAUCACUACUGAACUUGCUUACUCACUUGCUCACUGACUGACUGAUUGAUAGGCUAAGUGAAUGAUUGACUAGCGGACUGGACUGAUAGACCAAGGGACUAACAGCGUAACUAACUGACCUACUGACUGACUUUCUGACUUCUAGACGGACUAACUAACUGACUGACUUGCAGACGGACUGACUGACUGACUGACUUGCAGACGGACUGACUGACUGACUGACUGACUGACUUGCAGACGGACUGACUGACUGAUAGAAUAACUGAAUGAUGACCGACCGACAGACUGACUGAUUCACUUACUGACUUACCGACUCACUCAUUGACUGACUCAUCGAUUUAUUGACUGAUUUCCGGACUCACUCACUGACUUACUGACUCACUGACAAAUUGACCAAACGACUAACUGACUGACUCACUAACUUACUUACCGACUCACUGACUCAUUGACUGACUCACUGACACACUGACUUACUGACUCACUCAUUCACUCACCGACUCACUGAUUUACUGACUGACUGACAAAUUGACCGACCGAGUAACUGACUGACUGACUGGUAGAAUAACUGAAUGACGACCGACCGACUCACUGACUGACUCACUCACUCGCUCUCUCAUUGCCUCACUAACUCACUGUUUCACUGACUCACUAAAUUACUGACCGACUGACUGAAAAGUAUUGACCUAUCGACUAACUGACUUACUGACUGACAGACCGGCUGACUGAAAAUGGCGCACUUGCUACUUUUCAUUCAUCGAUAUACUUUUUUUCCAUUUCAGGUAAAUCGAAAUCAGGCACGCUGGUUCCCAACGACGCCAAGCAACAAAUGAUUGCUCUACAGUCAAAAAGUGAGUCAAAGAAAGUCAACGCCGAAGAGCUCGUGCUUGGCUUCAAUAAGUUCCAUAAACACUGGGUGGAGCAGUUGGAAAGCGUGAGGUCACGUAAACCGUAAAGCCGGGAUAACUCCAUUCACAUUUGCGAGGCGAAAUCAGGUUGAAUAGCAGAUAUACCAAGAUGAAAUCGACACCGGUCACUUAAAAAAUUAAACUGAAGUAAUAAAGACUUCUGUAAGAAAUAUUUUAAUCGAUCCAUGAUUAAAGCUCCCGUUCUCAAACCUAAGCUGGACUGCUUUGAAUUAGUUUCAGAAAAAGUUCGCUCUUUAUUUAUCGCGUACGUAAUAUUUGUUUGUUAAGUUAGUAUUAGGACACAGCCAAUAAAAUUACCUUGGUUCAAGUGUUCCAUGG